AUGUUAAGAAUUAAGAAAGGUUUUGCCGGUAGAAGUUUGUUUGACACUAUCGCCGUUAUCGCUGUUCGCAUGUUCAUCUCCUCUAUUGCCAAGACCUUGGAAAGUAAGGCUAUGAACGCUGCCACCUAUGCAGCCAUGAUAGGAGUUGAAAAGGUGGUAGCCAAAGUCGUCGACCAUGACGUUGACAAAGUGAACAGCCCUCGAAAACCCAGUGUCCAACGCAGCAAGCCCAAUCAACAGCUCAGUGUUAAACGCACUGUUAUACAAUUACGAGGAGGUAAAAAUAUACUGCAAGGAAGAGUUGAAGUAUUUCACAGUGGACAAUGGGGAACAAUUUGCGAUGAUAAAUUCGAUGAAAAUGAUGCCCGUGUUGUUUGUCGUAUGCUUGGACUAGAAGUUAUACAUCCGGUCUUUUGGGCUGGUCAGUCAGGUACUGGAAAAAUUUGGAUGAAUAACUUAGACUGCAAUGGAGAAGAACUUGAUUUAUCAGGCUGUAUAUUUCCCGGAUGGUAUAAUAAUAACUGUGAACAUUCUGAAGAUAUUAGUGUAAACUGUGAUGUUACAGUUGUUAGACUCGUAAAUGGUUCAUUUGCGGGAGAGGGACGUGUUGAGGUUAAACAUAAUGGUGAAUGGGGUACUAUAUGUGACGACAAUUUUGACAACUUUGAUGCCAAAGUUAUAUGCAAAAUGUUAGGGUUCAUAAAUACCAAUCCAACUGUACAUCGGAAUGGUUAUUUCGGAAAAGGACUUGGUAAAGUUAUGAUGAACAAUCUUGACUGUUCGGGCAGAGAAAGAGACGUGAAUGAAUGUUCGUUUCCUGGAUGGGAAAAAAAUAACUGUGUUCAUAGUAAAGAUGUUGGUGUUUCGUGUGCAACACCGGUGAGACUUGUCGGUGGACAUAUUCCAUCGCAAGGCAGAUUGGAAGUGUAUCAUGAAAACGGGUGGGGAUCAGUUUGUGAUAACAGUUUUGACCAGAAAGAUGCUAUAGUUGUAUGUAGGACUCUUGGAUUUUUGACAAGCCAACCGAUCGUUUAUCCUGGAGCACACUUUGGAAAGAGUAAUCUUCCAAUUAAAAUGGACGAUUUAAAUUGUUAUGGCACAGAAAAUGACAUAUCUGCAUGCAGAUUUAAAGGCUGGGAUAAAAAUGACUGUAAUCAUUCGAAAGAUGUUGGUAUCCAAUGCCAAACAAGAAUAAGAUUAGUCGAUGGGCCAACGCUUUCUAGAGGUAGAGUUGAAAUAAAGUACCGUGGUGAAUGGGGCACAAUUUGUGACGACUCAUUUGGAGAUGAAGAAGCCACAGUUGUUUGUCGCAUGCUUGGUUAUCAUAAUACGAAUUAUCGUGUAUAUGGAUCUGCUCAUUACAAUGAAGGUGUUGGCAAAAUAUGGAUGGAUGACGUAUCGUGUGAUGGCUCUGAAAAAGAUAUAGUUGAGUGCAAAUUUGCAGGUUGGGGUCAACAUGACUGUGGACAUCAUGCAGACGUUUCCGUGGACUGUGAUACCAGAGUGAAUUUGAUGAAUAGUAUCGAAGGACAGGGUACAGUAUCUAUUUAUCACGAAAGCAUAUGGGGUUCAGUAUGUGAUGAUGGUUUUACUACAGAAAACGCACAAGUUAUUUGUGCUACGAUAGGCCACCAUACCCUGAACCCUACAGUAUUCACAGGGGCUCAUUUCGGGAGUCUUAGCGGGCCUAUCUGGAUGGAUGAUGUUAAAUGUAGUGGAAUGGAAAGUGACAUUGGAUCGUGUUCAAACAGCGGAUUGGGCAGACACAACUGCGGUCAUGCGGAGGAUGUUGGUGUUAACUGUGGAACUGCCUUCAGACUUAAAAACGGAAACCAUGCCUUUGAAGGUAGAGUAGAAGUAUUUCACAAUGGCAAUUGGGGGACUAUCUGUGAUAACGAAUUUGAUGUAGAAGAGGCAAGAGUUGUUUGCAGAAUUUUAGGAUACGAACGCCGAUCACCACUUGUGUAUGGCAAUGCCUACUUUGGGCCUGGAUCAGGUGCAAUUUUAGUUGAAAGUGUCAACUGUGGUGGAAGCGAGACAAAUUUUGAACAUUGUGGACACAGUGCAUGGGGACAUCAUAAUUGCGGGCACAAUGAAGACGUUUCGAUAUCAUGUAAAACACCAAUAAGACUUGCUAAUGGCAAAAAGGCUACUGAAGGAAGAGUCGAGGUUUAUCACAACAACGAAUGGGGGACCAUUUGUGAUACCUCAUUUGAUUCCGAUGAUGCGAAAGUUGUUUGUAGAAUGCUUGGAUAUGACACUUCUUUUACAGAAGCGUUUGGUGGUUCUGUUUAUGGCCAGGGAACUGGUAGAAUUAUGAUGGACAAUGUUGCUUGUACAGGCGAUGAAAAAGAUAUCGGAGACUGUAAUUUCAGUGGAUGGAGGACAAGUGUUUGUUCGCAUUCAAAUGAUGUUGGUGUGUCUUGUGGUGCCAAGAUAAGACUUGUAAAUGGAAAAAACGAUGCACAAGGAAGGGUAGAAAUUUACCAUGGCGGUAAUUGGGGAACGAUUUGUGAUGAUACAUUUGACGUCAUGGCAGGAAAAGUUAUAUGUAAAGUGCUAGGUUUUGAUAUUUUAAAUGUUAAAGUCUAUACUGGUGCUCAUUUUGGACAGGGAUCUUAUCCAGUUAUCAUGGAUGACCUUCUGUGUUUUGGGACAGAGACCGAUUUAUCAGACUGCAGUUUCCGAGGAUGGGGGAAACGCUAUUGUACCCAUGGACAGGAUGCAGGUGUUGCAUGCCACAUUCCAAUUCGUCUAUCCGGUGGUACAUCAUUAACCGAAGGCACAAUCGAAGUUCGUUUUAAUGAUGAGUGGGGCACCAUUUGUUCUGACAGUUUUGACUUAGAUGAUGCUCGUGUAAUAUGUAGAACUUUCGGAUACAACAUUUCAUAUCCUGAAGUUUGUGAUUCAUGCUUUGGUUCGUCAAACAGAAGUCAUCUUGCAAACGUAACUUGCACAGGUGGAGAAAUAGACAUUGGUUCUUGUUCGUCAUCUCACUGGCAGAUUGGAACAUGUGUAAGCGGUGGAGACAUUGGUGUUAUUUGUAAAACACGAGUGCGUCUAAGCGGUGGAAAUAAUCCUUCAUCUGGACGUAUAGAGGUAUAUCAUAACAAACAAUGGGGGACAAUAUGCAGUGAGGAUUUUGAUCAGACGGAUGGCAAGGUAGUCUGCAGUAUGCUUGGAUAUAAUACAACACAAAUUACUGUUCAUGAAAGUCCUGUGUUUGGUAGUGGUUCGGCUACCAUUAUGAUGGAAAACCUUCGAUGUCUGGGUACUGAACGUCAUAUUUCAGCAUGCAAAUAUAGCGGAUGGGAAAAUCAUGUUUGUCAGCACACUCAGGAUGUUAGUAUUUCAUGUGGUAAAACUCCUGUACGACUCGUUAAUGGCACUCGCAAGUCAUUGGGAAGAUUAGAAGUGUAUCAUAACAAUAUUUGGGGUAGUGUGUGUGAUAGGAAUUUCGACCAGAAUGACGCCGAAGCAGUAUGCAGAAGUCUUGGUUUGAAAACGAAGUUUCCAUAUGCAGUACCAAAUGCAUAUUUUGGGCGGUCAAAUGGAAUGGUCAUGUUAGACAAUUUAGAUUGCAACGGUACGGAAAGUGACAUUGCUACCUGUAAAUCGUAUGGUUGGGGACAUUCAGAUUGUACUCAUGAUCACGAUGUAUCUGUAUUAUGUGGUACUAUGGUGAGACUGGUGGGUGGAAAAGACGAAUCUCAAGGACGAGUAGAAUUGUUUCACAAAGGCAACUGGGGAACAAUUUGUAAUGACGGAUUUGAUAUAGAUGAUGCUGCAGUCAUUUGCACGAUGCUUGGGUUUAAUAAUUCGUACCCAAAUAUUCUGUCCGCACCUGAAUUUGGGAGUGGGAGUGGAGAUAUUUUCCUGAAGGAUGUAGAAUGUAAAGGAAAAGAACAUGACAUAACAGACUGUAAUUACAAGGGAUGGGAAAUUAGUGGAUGUGUGCAUUCCGAGGACGUUGCUAUUGAUUGUUCAACCAAUAUACGAUUAACAGGUGGAGAUGGUCCAUUCGAAGGCUUAGUAGAGGUGUACCAUGAUGGCAAUUGGGGAACAAUUUGUAAACAUGGAUUCGAUGUAAAUGGUGCUACGGUUAUUUGUAAAGCUUUAGGCUACAAGGAGAGUAUCCCUACGGUAUUACCGAUAUCAAAAUUCAAAUCAGGAUUUGGACCGAUCUGGAUGGAAAACGUAAUGUGUACUGGAAAAGAGGUUGAUAUAGCUUUGUGCAAAUUCAGAGGAUGGGGACAAGUUGGUCAAUGUAAUCAUACAGAGGACAUUGCUUUAACAUGCGGAGCAGAUAUUAAGGUUAAAAUCAAUGGAGGAAAAGGCGAUUUUGAAGGAGAAAUAGAAAUAACAAAUGACACGGACUGGUUUCCAGUAUGUAAAACAGAUUUUACAAUGAGCACAGCAAAGGUUGUUUGUCUGCAUUUUGGGUAUCCUGCAAGCGAAGUUGAUCCAACUGUGAUGGAAUUAAACGAAUUUGGAGAAUAUAACAUUACGGCACAUGCAUACCAGGUUCAAUGCACAGGUGGGGAGCUGGAUGUAGCUGUGUGUAAUGUCACUUUUCAACGCCAUUGUCCAAAUGACGAGUAUGUUGCUGUACGAUGCCCGAGGACAGAAUUGCGUCUUAUUUAUGAUUUAUCGCCGUCAGUAGGCAGAGUUGAAGUAUCCCGUAAGGGAAAAUGGGGGUCUAUUUGCGGUCAUUCAUUUGACGAGAGAGAUGCAAGAGUUAUCUGUCGCAUGUUAGGAUUUGAACCUGAUGGAGCCAAAUAUUAUACAGGAAAUAGAUUUGGAACAUCGAAAUAUAUGCCAUGGAUUGACAACCUACUAUGCAGCGGAUUUGAAAAAGACAUAUCAUCAUGUCAUCUGAAUUGGACAAGAGACUCAUGUAGUGAAUACGAGAAUGUUGCAGUAUCAUGUGCUGAAACAAAGGUGCGACUUGUGAAUGGAGCUGGACCGUGGGAGGGCCGUGUUGAGGUCAAGAGAAAAGGACAAUGGGGCACUAUUUGUGACUUAUCAUUCGGACUGAAUGAAGCAUCAGUUAUAUGCCGGAUGAUUGGAUUUACGGAGGCAUUUACCAUGCCUAAAGCAUUGAAAUCAUCAUAUUUUGGUCCAAGCAGCCUACCAUCGCAUUUAAGUAUGAUUUCAUGUUCGGGAACCGAGUUAGAUGUAAACGCCUGCAUUCAGGGUAUUUGGGGAACGAACACGUGUAGCAAUUUACAAGAGGCUGGAGUCGAUUGUAGAGAAACAAAUCUUCGUCUUUCUGGUGGAAGUCAUAAUAUGGAGGGUAGAGUCGAAAUCAAGCCAAAAGGUAUUUGGGCGGCAGUAUGUGAUGACGACUGGGAUGAUGUGGAAGCAACCAUGGUUUGCAAAACACUCGCAUCGUUUCCAUUCGAUAGGCUAGUCAGAGGGAAGGCAUUGAAAGGUAGUUUUUUUGGACCCGGACGAGGGUUGAUUGGUUAUAACCGGGUAAAAUGCAAUGGAUCUGAAAUAGAUCUGAUGCAUUGUAAACUGCAAGAUAUAAAAGCUCCAAUAUGUGAUCAUUCACGGGAAGCAGGUGUGGCAUGUUCAUUCGAGGAAAAAGUGAGGCUGUCAAGGUCAGCAACUGAGGGAACUGUUUCGGUCAACGUGAACAGCAUUUGGAACAAUCUAUGUGAGGAUGAAUUUGGUCAGGAAGAAGCUAGAGUCAUUUGCAGGGAACUUGGGUAUUGUGCUUCGAGCAAAACAUUUUUCACAGAAAGAAACGGAUCAGCUGUUCUUAUUGGAGAUUUGCAAUGCAACGGACAUGAAACUGAUAUUGGUUAUUGCAAAGCACAACUCGAUAAAUCAACGUGUACAGAAAAAGUAGUUGGUAUAGAUUGUACAGGUGAUUGGAAAGUAAAACUGGAAAAAGGACAACAUAUUUUAGAAGGACGAGUUUAUAUAGGUGACGGAAAUAGUUGGGGUAGCAUGUGUGAUAAUACAAUUACAGAAGAUGCAGCAAAGGUUAUUUGCAGCACAGCUACUGGGUAUAGGGACACUAAACCAGUCUUUAGUCAUGAACCUUUUGAUUUCGACCCACCCGACUUUUUAGUAAACGGGCUGACAUGCGGUGGAUGGGAAGAGCAUAUUGCACAGUGUACAUUUUCCAAAAUAGAUUCCGGUGUUUGUAACGUACAGUUUACGCGUGUAAAAUGUUUUGGAGAUUGUGUUCACUUUUAUUUCGAACGGUCCGGUAGUAUAACUUCUGAAAAUUAUGGAAGUCAGUUUUACAAACCUGGAAUAGACUGUAUAUACAUAAUAAAACCUCCAAAGGCUAUAUAUAAAAUUGAAAUCGUGGAUCUACAGAUGGCAGAUGCUGGCGACUUUAUUCAGGUACCUUAA